GGCGGCCCUGCGGGGAGGCUGCGGGACUGCGGCCCGGGGGUGGCCGCUCGCGGGCCCCGCUCGGCCCCUGAGCACGGCCCCCGGGACCGGCCCGGACCUGAAGCACUACCUGUGGGGACGCUACCGCCAGGCGAAGAGCAGCACCGAGGAAUUGGUUCCUUCAAUUAUGAGCAACUUGUUGAAUCCAGAUGCCAUUUUCUCGAACAAUGAAAUGAGCCUGUCGGACAUUGAAAUCUAUGGCUUUGAUUAUGACUACACCUUGGUGUUUUAUUCAAAGCACCUGCACACGCUGAUAUUUAAUGCUGCUCGGGACCUUCUCAUCAAUGAACACCGGUAUCCUGCGGAAAUCAGGAAAUAUGAGUAUGACCCAAAUUUUGCAAUUCGUGGACUUCAUUAUGACGUACAGCGGGCAGUAUUGAUGAAGAUUGAUGCUUUUCAUUACAUUCAGCUGGGAACUGUCUACAGAGGCCUCAGUGUUGUCCCUGAUGAAGAGGUCAUUGAAAUGUAUGAAGGGUCCCACGUGCCCCUGGAACAGAUGAGCGACUUUUACGGGAAGAGUUCUCACGGGAACACCAUGAAGCAGUUCAUGGACAUCUUCUCCCUGCCAGAGAUGACACUCCUGUCCUGCGUGAAUGAAUACUUCCUGCAUAACAACGUCGACUAUGAGCCCGUUCAUCUGUACAAAGAUGUUAAGGAUUCAAUUCGAGACGUCCACACCAAAGGAAUAAUGUACAGAGCCAUCGAAGCAGACAUUGAAAAGUACAUCUGCUAUGCUGAGCAGACGCGCGCAGUGUUGGCCAAACUGGCUGAUCAUGGCAAGAAGAUGUUUCUCAUCACCAAUAGCCCCAGUAGCUUUGUGGACAAAGGGAUGAGGUAUAUCGUUGGGAAAGACUGGAGGGACCUGUUUGAUGUUGUCAUCGUUCAGGCCGAAAAGCCAAACUUCUUUAAUGAUAAGCGGAGACCUUUCCGGAAGGUGAAUGAGAAAGGUGUCUUACUCUGGGAUAGAAUCCACAAGUUGCAGAAAGGCCAGAUUUACAAGCAGGGUAAUUUAUAUGAAUUUUUGAAGCUUACUGGAUGGAGAGGAUCGAAAGUGUUAUAUUUUGGUGACCAUAUAUACAGUGACCUGGCGGACUUGACCUUAAAGCAUGGCUGGCGGACAGGUGCAAUUAUCCCGGAGUUGAGAUCUGAGCUCAAAAUCAUGAACACCGAGCAGUACAUCCAAACCAUGACCUGGCUACAGACCUUGACUGGAUUAUUGGAGCAGAUGCAGGUUCACAGAGAUGCCGAGUCACAGCUGGUUUUGCAGGAGUGGAAAAAGGAGAGAAAGGACAUGAGGGAUAUGACCAAAAAUUUCUUCAAUGCCCAGUUUGGAAGCUUGUUCCGCACUGACCAGAACCCAACCUACUUCCUGAGGCGCCUGUCACGGUUUGCCGACAUCUACAUGGCCUCCCUGAGCUGCCUCUUGAACUACGAUGUCAGCCACACGUUCUACCCCCGGAGGACUCCGCUGCAGCACGAACUGCCCGCGUGGUCUGACCAGCCGUUGGCCUCCCCUGCCCCGCUCCUGCGGAAGGCCCAGGCCGAGUGACCCAAGGCCACUGUGGAAGACACCAGAACAGCCGCAGUCCCAGAUCGGACGGACACGACGGGGUGGACUUUGUGUGGGUCUGUUUGUGUGGGUGCUGCUUUCUGAAAAGAGACGAAUGUGUAUGCCUUUGGAUGUUUAUGUCAUACCUUUCAGAGAAGACUCCCCAGGUCAUUAAGACAGGAGCUGGCGAUCCCCCCCGACCCGGCUUCCUGCUGAAACUUGGAUUCAACCUUUUUGUUUCCCGAAGGCUGGAGCUGACCUCAGCUUUUCUGCUGUAGGUGAGACCAAUGGGUGCUGUCUCCCUUCCAGCAGGCCACGUUUGGAAACUCUUUAUGACUCCUCCAUGGACUGCUCGCUGGUAUGCGUGAGGAGCUGCAGGGCACAGUGACACGCAGAGAUAAGCUACUUGCAGAGAGCUGGUGAUGGUGGCAGGACGCAGCUGCACAUAGCAGAGAUGAUCCCCACACGGCAGCCACUGUCUGAGUCAUUCGGCACUGAGGGUUGGCAUUCCAAUGCGUGGUGUCAAAGAGCACCCAGCCUUCCUGGAAAGACUUCCAUGAGAAAGGACAAGAGAGGUGGCAACCGCUGGAUGCUUUUCUCUUUGGUGUGUGCCUCCUGUGCCUGCUGGGGAAGGCCACAGGGGCACCAAGUGACAGCGAGUUCCCUUUUCCCAGGGUAGGAGGGCAGGGAGAAAAGGGUUCGGGUUCACAUUGUUUUCCAGCUAGUGGAGCAGCCUUCCUAGAAAGGAGUGGAUCAGAAGAACCUGAGCAGUUGCAGUAGGUUUCCCAGGAGCAUUUUCACCCUGAAGCGCUGCCUGAGUGUUGGUUGAAUGUGCUCAUUGGAAGAAAGAAAAUGAAACAGGAAAAAAUGUCCUUGUGAUGAAAUGCCACUCCAUCAGCUGGUUUGAAUUGGAAUCUUAUAAAAACAUGUGCAUUACCUGAAACAGGCCUCAUCUGGAGGGAGACACAAGGUGCGUGCUUCUCUCUGAUGAAUUAUCAACUGAGAGAGAGAGAGAGGUGCUUAAGUUCAGCGGGGGAGGAGCGGGGAGACAUCUCCAGUCCUCUCCUCCCCUUAGAUUUCUUUACUGCUGUGUUUGUGUGGCCGCUUGGGAGUUGGGUGUUUCAGGUGGGAGAGAAUGAAGGACAUUGCAGUUAAAAAGAGUUAGAAGUGACCUAGCUAACUGAGCUUUUUAAUUUCGUUCUAAAGGCAUUGCAAGUGAUAUGUAUUCUUUGUUUUUUGAGGAAGAAUCUUUUAGUACAUGUGUAUUUAUAAUAUCUUUCAACAUAAAGUACAUAUUUACUGCACUGAGUGCUAUAGGAAUGUCUGUUGUUAUUAGUUACGGUGCUGCUAACAAUAUUUUAAUUGCACAUGCUGCAUAAAUACUUCUGUUCAGAUUAGCCUAAUCUGUAUUAGCGUUGUAUCGCCAAAACUCAUUUUAAUCUUUUUUAUGUAACAUGGCAUAUAUUCUUAAAUCUAAAGAUGGCAGGAACACGAAGUGGGCUUGUGGAGAGUGCUUGCUUAGGCAGAAUUUUUAUUGUAAGAAAUGUAUCAUGUCCAGCUAUUGACAAAAUGCUAGCUUGGCAUUCCAUGGGCUACUGCCGAAAUGCAGAAAUCAAAUGAGUUAUAUAGCAUCCUCUGUAAAGCCACUUGUUAUAAUGGCAUUUUACUUGUGAUAUUUUGUUGUAUUUGUUUAUAAUGGUGAAGGUGAUCCUUUAGACCCAAUUAUGCUCCUUUUUUUUUUUCCUUCUACUUUUUCUUAUGAACACAGGUAGGCACAGUAAUGUGUUCCUUUUUUGGACUGGGGUAGGUGUUUUGUUGUUUUCUUCCAGGUGUUUUAACCAUCAGAGUGUACCGGGGACUGGCAUUUAAUGGGUGCAGGUGACACCCAGAACUGCUCAGUGUUGGGUUCUAAAAGUAUGCUGGUGAUCUUGGCUUAUAAUUUCUGCUUUGGAGAAGCAGAGUGAGGAAGCAGGUAUUUUUAAAAAGUUCUUGCUUUUUAUUGAAUCAGAUAUUCAUUGGCUAUCUGCGAGGUACCAGUUACAGGGUGUUUUGUUUACUCAAGAAUGAAGUAGAACUAUUUUUAAAAUCUACUCUUGUGAAUGUGUUUGUUAGGUGACCUAAGCCUUGGGGGAGAAAUAUAUUUUCUGGGCAUGAAUAUGAAUUUUACAAUUUUUUUUCCCAUUUAGGAGGGUUUCAGUCUCUGGGCCAUUGAGCUUGGCAGUCUUGAAAUAGCAUCUGUCACACUAGGGCCUGCUGACUAUGGACCUGGUGACUGCAUACCCGUGCUACAGCAGCACAUGGGGCAGCACGGCCAUCUCCAUAUGAAGGACAGGGUUUUCCCACUUCAUUAUUUAUCCUGUCUAUGCUCAGUCAAGACGGCUUUGUGCUUGUCACUGUCAUGACUCUUAAGUGGAUCUGGCAUUUUGUUUUUUCCACUUGGUUCUCUGGUGUGCACGUUGAUGAAUACAUAUUGAUACAAGGGAAGUGAAUCCGUUUUCUACAAUUUAAAAAAUCAAUUUGUAAUGCAAACAAUAAAAUUAGUUUGGACAUUUAAAAAA